CACAGCAAACAAGAUAGAUAUGGUGGGUUUCGUAUCACAAAAUCACAAGUUGAACACUUCCCAAGCAUUUAGGACUGUGUGAUGUAUUUUCAUAUGAUGCGUGCAGAUCCCAGUAGGGUGGCCUUUUGCAGUUGGCAGAUCGUAAUUUUUAUUAUUAUUAUUAUUUUAUUAUGACACAGCAAACAAGAUAGAUAUGCUGGAUUUCAUAUCACAAAAUCACAAGUCGAACACUUCCCAAGUGUCUAGGACUGUGUGAUGUAUUUUCGGAUGAUGCUGCAGAUCCCAGUCGGGUGGCCUUUUGCAGUUGCUAGAUCGUGAUUUUGUCAAUGCCUAUUGUUUCCAAAUGCCGGCUGAGAUCUUUUGGCACAGCACCCAGUGUGCCCAUCACCACCGGGACCACCUGCACUGGUUUCUGCCAGAGUCUUUGAAGUUCAAUCUUGAGGUCCUGAGAGCGGCUGAGUUAUUAUUAUUAUUAUUAUUAUUUUAAAAAAUGGUUGCAAAAACCAUUGGAACUUUUGCAUGCCAAACCCAGGACAAAAUAAUACAAAUAUUUGCAUGUGGAGGACAUGCAAAGGGAGAGAGAAAGGUCCAGUUCUACGCGGCCUCUGCCUUGGGCAAACAACCCACCCGUCAUCCUUAAAUCGUUAUUAUAAUUAUUGUGAUUUGUGCAAAUAUUGGCUCUGGGUGGGUCUCGGUGCGGCCGCUUUCCUUUGCAAGGAUGGAAAAGGAAGAGUUUGCAAAGGGGAAAUGGAUGCCGUUUGAGCCCAGCAUGAGGUGCAGUGGGAUUUGCAGUUUUCUCGAAGUCUCCUUCUCUCUUUUGCAGACGUGACCAUGGAGAGCCCCUUGGAGAAGGCCUUGGCCACCUUGGUCCUCACUUUCCAUAGGUAUUCGGGGCAGGAAGGCAACCCACUGACCCUGAGCAGGAAGGAGCUGAAGGAACUGGUGCAGAAGGAGCUGCAACUGGGAGAGCGUCUGAAGGAGCGCGGCAUCGACGCCCUGAUGCAGAGCCUGGACCAGAACCAGGACCGGGAAAUCGACUUCAAGGAGUUCACGGCCUUCCUCUCAGCCCUUUGCAUGGCUUACAACGACUUCUUCAAGCAGGACGGCAAAUAGAGAGGGUGGGGAUCCAUGGGGAGAUAUGUAUAUAUUCCUUCCCAACCCCCAUUAGCCUUGAAUAAAAGACCUGCCUCUUGCAAAAGACUGCCGUUUGUUAAAUUUGCAGCAAAGGGAGAGCGGAGAGCGCUGAGCACGAAGGAGGGAGGGGAGCCGGGACGCUUUCAGGGGGAAAGGA